CGAUGAAAUCAAUGCAAAGGGCUUCAUCGAACCAGUUUCUAUUUUGAGUCGACUUCGAAAAUAAGUGUUCUUGUGUUUUAAGUAUUUAUCAGAAAGAUGAACAAUAAUAAUAAGAUCGUUUUCAAGAAAUUACGCAAUCGUGUAGUUCCAUACUCCCCCCCACCGGCGAGAUUGAAUCCCAGUCAUAACCGGGAUCGCGUUCGCGUUCGCAUUCGGAAUGCGCCAGCACCACAACGUAACAACUCUGUUCAGGUUGAGCCUACUCUUGGAGAAAUAGCUCCGACUAUGGCUGAAGUUACCGUUGAUGGUGAGUAUACGGCUGAGGCUGAGGUUCAAGUUACAGCAGAGGCUGACCCUAAUACGGAGUUUGGAGUUAUGGGCGAGGCUAAUCCUCAGUCAGAGUUUGGAGUUUUAGCCGGGACUGACCCCAAUAUUGAGGUUGAAGUUAUGAACGAGGUUGACCCUCUGGCAGAUGUUGAAGUUUUGGCCGAGGCUGACCCUAAGGCUGAGGCUGUAGUUUUGGCUAGGGCUGACCCUAAGACGGAUGUUAAAGGUCUGACCGACGCUGACCUUGAGGCUAAGGCUGAGCUUGAAGUUUUGGCCAAGGCUGAUCCGAAGACGGAAGUUUUGGCCGAGGCUGACCCAAAGGAAGAGGUUGAAGUGUUGCCCGAGGCUGACCCUGAGGUUGAAGUUAUGGAUAAAGCUAAUCCUACGGCUGAGGCUGAGAUUGAAGUUAUGGAGGAGGCUGAGCCUAAGACUAAUACUGAGGAUAACGCUGAUGCUGACCCUAAAUAUGAGGAGGAGGAUCAAGUCAGGGAAAGGUCUCAGUCAGAGCCUAGUUUCAGCUGUUGGAAGAAAUGGUUCUUCUGAAACAAAUGAAGAUAACGAAUUUAUUGCUUUGAAGUAGCCGACACUUCAAAUUCUUCAGACCCAAAACGCACCAUUAUCCCGAAAAAACACCAGAAAUCUAUUCCCAGACUGUUAUCGUUAAUUGCUCAGAUCGCUUAAAGGAGAUUGAUUGUUUCAUUGAUGCCUUUACCCCCCUUCCACCUUUUCCACCCCACAUAAUGGAGCAAAUUGGAGACGUUGCCGCCCAUAUGGCGUAUAUGAAUACAUAUAUAUUGAAUCGCAUAUUUAUUUAUAAAGACUUACACAAUAACUCUUACCACUAACAAUGUACAAAUAUUAAAUG